CAGCGGCGGGCGGGGCGAUCCGGGCGCGCGGCGGCGGCGGAACCCGGAAGUGGCAGCGGCUCCCGGUCGGUCCCGGUCCCGCCUGGUCCCGACAGCCGCUGCCGGCGGCGCAUCCCGAUCCCGCCGGGUCCCGGCAGCGGCUUUCCCAGGGUCCCGGUCCCUGGAUCGGGAUUCCGUGCCCAGCGGGCCCCGGGCAUGGCGGGCCGCGGGAAGCUGAUCGCGGUGAUGGGCGACGAGGACACGGUGACCGGGUUCCUGCUGGGCGGCAUCGGGGAGCUGGACAAGCACCGACGGCCCAACUUCCUGGUGGUGGAGAAGGAGACGAGCCUGGCCGAGAUCGAGGAGACCUUCCGGGGUUUCCUGGCGCGGGAGGACGUGGGCAUGAUCCUCAUCUCGCAGGCCCUGGCGGAGCAGAUCCGGCCGGCGGUCGCAGCCCAUGCCCGGGCGCUGCCCGCCGUGCUCGAGAUCCCCUCCAAGGACCACCCCUACGACCCGGCCCGGGACUCGGUGCUGCGCCGCGCCCGGGGGCUCUUCGCACCUGACGAGCUGCGAUAGAGCCCCCCAGGACCCCCCAGCCCCCCAGGACUCCCCCAGAUCCCCCUAAGCUCUCCCAAACCGUUUCCCCGAUACCCCCGGUAUGUGCAAGCCCCUGCGGCACCCCCAGACCGUCCCCUGCGCCCGUGGCCUCUUUGCACCCAGCCACGGCUGACGGGCACCCCCAGGCACUCCCAAACAGUCCCCGGUACAUCCCAGCACCCCCAAACAGUCCCCCACCGCUCCCCCAACUUCUUCACACUCAGCAACUUGUGAUAGCCCUCCCUGGUACCCCAAAACAGCCCCCGGCACCCCACGGGGUCACAAGGUGGGCCUGGGACUCCACCCCAGGGAAACUCACCCAGGGACCCCCAGCCCACCUGGGGCAGUUGUGCCUCAUGCCUGGGGAUCCCCACCCCAAGAAGUCCCCAGCCCAUCCCAGGGUGCUGCUGGGGGGUCCCUGGGGUUCCCGGGAUGUCCUUCAGGUGCUGGGGGGCUGUGGUUGCCCCGUGGCUCUGAGGGUGACACAGGGAGCCUGGAGUGGCUCUGAGGGAGCCUGGGGCAGCCACGGGGGCCUUGUGGGUGACCCGUGACUGUGUCUCAGCCGUGUCCCGUGAUGGGGAAAUGCCACCACUGUAUCCUGCUGAAUCCUGCCAGAUCCUGCCUGCAGGCAGGGAGGGACACCUGGGGGGGAGGGGGGCAAAGGAACACCCCAAGGACACUGGAAGUCGUCACCGUGACCUUGUCACCAUUCCCCCAGCUCCUCCCCAGUCUCCUCAGCCCCAGUAGAACCUGGGGGAAAGAUUAUUUAUUGUUCUCCCCCAGUGCCCAAGUGUCACUUGUGUCCCCCGUGUGUCUCCCUGACAGUGUCCCCAACAUGUGCUGCCACCACUCA